AUGGAGUUCGCAGCAAGUUGUGGGCAUCUCGACGUGUUGAAGUGGCUACACACGAUCAAACCGAUGAUUUGUUCGACGGAAGCAAUGGACCGCGCAGCGGCGAACGGACACUUGGAUGUCGUCCAAUGGCUGCAUCAUAAUCGAACCGAAGGCUGCACGACUAACGCUAUGGACGACGCGGCACACUAUGGUCACCUAGAAGUGGUGAAGUGGCUUCACACCAAUCGGACUGAGGGAUGCACGAAGAAUGCACUCGUUUUUGCUGCAGCGAACCAUAAAAUCAACGUCGUGAAGUGGUUCUGGUUGCAUGAAAAUCGAACUGAAGGUUCCACCACAAAAGCUAUGGAUGAUGCUGCACGUAAUGGCCACUUGGAAGUGGUCAAGUGGCUGCACACGCAUAGGACGGAGGGCUGCACGGCAAACGCGCUGGACUCGGCUGCAACAGAGGGUCGGCUUGAAGUGGUCCAAUGGCUGUGGGGGAACAGUACCGAGGGCUGUACUACGAGGGCGAUCGACAGCGCUGCCUUCCACCGCCAUGACUCACUGGUCCGUUGG